AAAAAACUCAUUAUUUUCAGACCUAAGACAUCCACAGUUUUUGACAUAUAUAUUUUUAUUGCUUAUUGUUUUUGCUUAUUUCGUGUCCUGUCAAUUAAACAACAAUAAGUGAAAGAUGUCUUUGACAUUUCAACAAAUUAUAUUAGAUGCAAAAAAAUUAGUAGGUCGAAUAUCCGAUCAAGAGAGUAAAGCUGAUAAUUUAAUUUGUGAAAUUCAAUCAGUUUGCACACAAAUUGAUGGAAUGAAGCAGUACCAAGAGGAAGUGGAAGUUUUAAAUGCCGAGGCAAAACAAACUUCUCAUUUGCAAGUUAUCGCUGGAAUUCAGCAAGAAAAUAGACAUCUUAGAGAAAUUCAAGCUGAAAAUCGAGAACUAAAAAGUGCUCUUGAAGAUCACAAAAGUGCUCUCGAAUUAAUAAUGUCCAAAUAUCGUAAACAGACAGCAUCUCUUUUAAAACAAUGGAAACCAGACUAUACAUCACUCUACAAUUCUAAAUACGCAAAUAUAAUUACCAGUCAAGCAGAAAAAAUAAAUGAAAUGGCGGCUGUAAUGAAAACAGCAGCCGCAUUGGACGAGGAGAAUGAAAUGAAAGAAAAGGAAUUAAUUGCACGAUUAAAAGAAGAAAAUAUUGUUCUCCGACAAAUAGUUGACGUUGCAAAUAAAUAUGGGUCUUUAAAAAACGACCCACCCACGGAGAAUAAAACAGUUCAAACAGACGAAUAAUCACAUUUAUUCGUCUCUAUUGUAAAAUUCACCAUUUUUUUAUUUCAAUUUUUUUUACACUAAAUGAAUGAAUGAAUGAAUAUUUAUUAUGUUAUGUAAAUUGUGUGAACGGAAUCAAAUUCCAAAAAAACUUUUCACUCAAAUAACGAAUAAUUAACAUUUUCUUCUCUCACUUUGUGAUAUAAAACAGUAAAUCACUGUAUUUACAUUUUACUUUAUUAUUUUAUUUAUGUAAAAAGCUCGUUAAUGUAAAACACGUUUUGUAGUUGAAGAAAAACCGGAAAUAUUUUUGUGGCUAAAAUUUUCACUUCUACACGUAUUAAAAUAUACAUAUAUAUAUAUAUAAAGAAAUAUAUUUUUGUAAUUCAGAAGAUUUAAUGGUAUUUCUUCGCUAAAAAAUCGUGAAAAAACAAUGAAAUUAUUGAUUUUAAAUUUCUAAUUUCAUUACAUGUAAAAUAAUUGCGAUUAUCUUAAUAAUU